AUGAACCUCAUCAUUCCCUCGGUGUCCUGCGGCAACAUUCCCCAGCUGACCGUUGAUCUGCUGAUUCACUCGCUAGACUUUUCUCUCGUCUCCAGGCUCGACGACUCGUACCUCCAUCCAUUCGCCUCCCCAGUGGAUCAUGUUGAAGGCCAGCAGGUUGAAUCUGGACACGUUGCCACGGCCAUUGAGCUCUACCGAUCCGAGAAACUCGACACAGACGUGAUUCAGAUUCGCUCUCCACCAAUUGCGGACUUCAAACAGGCCUUUUCUGCCCAGCUGGAAGAGCUGACCAAAAAGUACACCAACGUCAUUGUGCUUGGAUCGUCAGACGCAGGACUCAGAGAACAAGUGGGCGCACCCAAAAUCGAAUACUACACAUCCGACCUUGCCACUCGAUUCCAGACCCUGUCGCUGGAUGGCCCCAAGGUCAAAGAAGUGCCUGCGGUGUUGCCAGGAUCAGGCUACUUUAGAUCACUGGUCAAGGGUCCUGCUCUGGGACUGGUCUUCUUUGCCUACGAAGGAGACAACUUUGGAGAUGCACAUCAGCUGGCUGAUGCUGUGAUCAGGUUACUGGGAGGAUCUGAGAUGAAGUGGACCCAGCCUGUGAGUUGGCAGGGAGCCUACGGACAUGACGCUCCCCUCGGAGUUGAGCAGGGUGUUUAUUGCUAG